AGCCGGUUACUCGAUCAGUCGCAGUAAAAAACGAACCGUCAACGUGAUCGCUGUAUAGUGUUUUUAUACUUACUAUUUGUUAUACAUACCGGCCACUGAGCAUGUGAUGUUUUCUUACUCUAACGGUUAUUAUUAAAACAAAAUAUAUUUAAAAUGUUCAAAAUGAUUUGUCGGAAUCUAUUUUCUGUUUUUGUGUGUUCUGUUAUAAUAAGUUCAUCAGUGUCGGCCUCCAGGAUAAUAACAGAAUCACAUAGAAAUGCACGCUUGAAGAGAGUAAGUCCAGAAAAUACUGCUGCGUACGGUUACCGCACGCAGGACCGGAGGGACUCGUCCGCGGACGGCCAACACUUCUUGCCGGCGUUCGGGCCGCUGUUCAGCCAACUCGGCCACCACUCCCGUCCACCGAGGCUGUACCAGGAGGCCGACUAUCUGCCCGAGCUGUCGCCGUUCCUGCAGACGGCCGCGGCGUCCAACCAGGAGAACGCCAUGCUGGGUUCCGGCAACUUUGGCGUCAUACCCGGCGGCACUUAUUACGCGGCCGGCGAGACGGCGUCCGCUUCCGACCCGUACCUGUACGAUGGCAACAGCCACGGACGACCGCACCGGUACGUUCAGGGGCACCGAAUAAAUGCCAUUAAUAGAUUUUCUGGAAAUCCUAGACCAUCAGCAUUCCGUGAUCCAGAAGACUUUUUCGCAGGGUUCCGAGACUUUGCAGAUAUCACAGCUCCGACCAAGUCAUCGUUCUCACAAUACCAUAUGGUAUAUGCCCCAGUGGAGGAUGUACCGUCCAGCGAAGAAAAGAUUAAGUCAAAAAAGAAGAGAAAAUUAAACAAACAUUUAGAGAACGAAAAUGAUAAAACAAUUAAAGCUAAAAGGAAAAUGCAUGCGGGUGAAAAGGAAUUAUACGAACCUAUGAUUGCACUAAGUUAAAAAGUAUAAUACAAGCAAGAGUUGUUAAGAUGUUAUUAUUGUUAUUAAUACUUCGAAGUACAAAAUAUGGGAAUUUUUUUUAUUGACUACCUAUAGAGCGAUACAAAAAUAAGUGCUCUAACUAGCAAAGUUCGUGAGUUCGAUAUUUCCAUCACAUGGUUUUGUCAUUUAAAAUAUUUAAUUUAACAAAUAGAUCCAUCAAAAAAACAUUGUUUUCCAAUGUACUAUUGUACUAUACUAUUAUACUAUAUGUUAAUAUUACGUUUAAUGUUAUUACUUAUAUAUUAAUAAAAAUAUAUUAUUAUAAUUAUGACGUGUUAGUAAUAAGUCAUAUUCAAUUUAAAACGAAUAUAUAUUGUUUUUAUACUUAGUUAUUAUUUUAUUACUGUAUAAACGUACCAAAUACCUAGUUGUAUACUAUUUUGUACUAAUGUAUAAUGUAUAAUGACUUGUAAAUAUAUAUUUUUAAAUAAA